AUGACUUUUUAUGGUGCAUCAGCGAAAUCAUCACAGGAUGGAAGCAGAUAUGAAGAGGUUAAUCUGGAACUAGGGAAUGUUACACUGAAGAUCUACCAAGGGGACAUAACUCAGGCAAAAGUUGAUGCCAUUGUGAAUGGAACAAAUGCUGAAUUUGAUUUUACAAGAGGAAAAGUGUCAAAUGCUAUCCUCAAGAUGGGAGGAGCAGGCCUCAUGAAACAGGUGAAGCAUUCAGAUGAUGAAGAAAACUCUCUGCUGGCUGGUAAAUUUGAGAAAGUUCCAAUGAAGGAUUUUCAUGCUGAGAUUCGAGCAUUCCGUGAUGUUGAAGAUUUCCUUAACCGAACAGUUCUCAUCCUUGACCUUCCAACAACAGGGCUCACCCAGAUUGUCGACACCAUGCUCAACAAACUCCAUAGCAACAAAGAGGUUGGAUUGACCUUCACCUUAGAAGAGGCUAGACUUGCCAUCUUUACCCAGAAUUCUGUACAUCUACUCAGCCGAACCAUUCAAGGCACCACAUUCAGUGAGGAGUGCGGCUUCCAGAUUGACCAGUCCUGGAUUUGUAUCUUGUGUGAGUUACCCAACUUAACCAGACGCCAUGUUGUGAUAUCCCGCCUACACCACCCAGCCAACCUGGGACCGACAAGUCAGGAGAUUCAAUUUGUCAUCCUUGUGAUGACUCCCACCAAGGAGAAAAGUACAAAGACUGCUUUAGAGACAGGACAGACAUUCUCAACCCUGUUCCUGGACAUGGAUUUCCGACAUCAGCUCCUGGAGGUUUCCACAGAUGUCGAGUUCAAACAGUUGCUGCAGAAAAAAACGAAGUUGCUGAUUGAGCAUCAAGGUCUACCAGAAAAUCGCAAGUCUCACCUUGUACUAAACUCCUCUCCAUUUGAUGACGAAGACGAGAACUCUAGGAGAUGUAAUAUAGGUCAGGGCAUUUAUAGAGAUUUGAAGCGCCGCCUACCUCACUACCUGUCUGACUAUAGAGACGGUAUUAUUGGCCACAAGACCAUCCACAAGGUUGUGUCAACUGUUUUCUUCCUGUACUUUGCAUGUGUCCUCCCCAAUAUCGCUUUUGGUAUGCUGAACAACAACAACACUCAUGGAGCCAUAGAUAUGCAGAAGAUCCUGUUUUCACAGUGUUUUGGUGGAGUGCUGUUUAGUGUGUUUGGUGGCCAGCCACUCAUUGUCCUUCUCACCACCGCUCCUUUGGCACUCUACACCAAACUGAUCUACAAUGUAUGCGAGGAUUUUGAUCUAGACUUCUAUGCCAUGUUUGCUUGUGUUGGAUUGUGGAAUGCUUUCUUUCUCUUCAUUUAUGUGUUCCUCAACCUCAGCAAAUUGAUGAAGUAUUCUUCAAGGUCUACAGAAGAGAUUUUUUCCAUAUUCAUCACUUUUGCCUUUUCUGCUGAUGCCAUAAAAGACACCUUAAAAGAUUUUAAUAAAAACUACCACACUCCCGCAUGUGAGGGAGAUACACAUCCAGCCGUCCAAUCAGGCGCCACAUCUAACAGUAGUGUUGCUAACCUGACUAACACCAUGACUACUUUUGCCAUGGACACUGUUACUAAUGACAGUGCAGUGCUGACCCACAUGUCCGGUGUUGGCGAGUGUCUGAGGGAGAACAGUAUACUAUUUCUGUUACUAAUGCUUGGUACUGUGUGGACAGGACUCACACUUUAUAACUUCACAAAAACACCAUUCUUAAAUGCAAGCAAGCGUGAGAUUUUAGCUGACUAUGCACUUCCUGUUGCUGUUAUUGUCAUGUCCAUUUUUGGAUCUAUUGUCUUCAAGGACAUCAAAUUAAAACCAUUUGAAUAUAAGCCUGCUGAGACCCUGUUUAGAGUAGCACCUAUACACACAUUACCAGCGGCAGCAGUGUUCGCAGCAGCAGGACUUGGCUUUAGUCUUUCUCUCCUGUUCUUCAUGGACCAAAAUAUAUCUAGUGCCCUCGUCAACACACCUACAAACAAGCUUAAGAAGGGAGCAGCUUAUCACUGGGAUCUGUUUGUUGUGGCUGUCAUCAAUGCCAUACUGUCCAUCUUCACGUUACCAUGGAUACAUGCAGCACUGCCGCACUCUCCUCUCCAUGUAAAGGCUCUGGCUGACCUUGAGGACAGGAUAGAGCAAGGUCAUGUCCAUCAGGUAGUUGUCCAUGUACGGGAGACACGUCUGACCGGGAUUAUCUCCCAUGUGUUGAUUGGUCUGUCUAUGUUCUUAUUGCCCUACCCAAUGGCCUAUAUUCCCCGUCCAGUGCUGGAUGGACUUUUCCUUUACGUAGCCAUCACUGCUCUCUACGGCAAUCAGAUGUUUGAUCGAAUCCUUCUCCUCUUCACAGAACAGUCUGCCUACCCUCCUAACCACUACGUACGCCGUGUGCCCCAGAGGAAGGUCCACCUAUUCACUGCUAUACAGCUCGUGCAGUUGUUUGUCCUCUGUAUUUUUGGUUUCUCACCCAUUCCUUACAUGAAGAUGGUCUUCCCUAUCCUCCUCAUGGUGCUUAUGCCUGUCAGACACAAGUUAGUUCCCAAACUCAUUGAAACAAAGUACCUGAAAGCCUUGGAUGGACACUGA